AUGGGAUUUAAGUUUGGUUUCGAGGACGACGAGCGAGAUACAUCUGCCGCAAAUGACGCCUUCGACGUGGCCACAGAGACCGUGGUUCCGCGAGUGCACGAUAUCAGCAGCUUUCUGGAGCUGAUGAUCGGCACACGGGUCUCGUAUGAACAUAUUGACUUUCCAGGCUCGCUGGUUCGUCGUGAGUUCUUCGAUGUGCGUCACCAGCUGAUGAGCGAGGAUGCAGAAUCAGAAGAGAUGCAAUUCCUGAUAGGUUCCACUGCGGAAGACGUCCGGAACGGGGUUUACGAGGGAGGACUCAAGUCCUGGGAGUGCUGCUACGACGUUAUGCAGAGACUGCAAGACGUCGACCUUUCUGGCUACAAAUCGUUUCUGGAGCUAGGCUGUGGGACCAGUUUGCCAAGUUUGCUAGUUUUUCAGAGACUCUUGCAACACAAACAAACUCACGUCAAUCUCAUUUUAACAGACUUUAAUUACGAGGUCUUGCGGCUGGUGAGUGUUCCAAACCUAUUUUUGACAUGGUGUCUCACGAGCCUAUCCAAGGAGGAGAUGGAGCAACUGCAGAAACGUCCAGAUGUAGAAGGAAACGUCCGUGAUGGGGAAAUCGACGUGACCCCAGAGCUGGUAGCUAGAUUCAAAAAUGCGCUGCGCGAACAGCAUAUCGCCAUAUCACUCAUAAGUGGGUCCUGGGGCCGCCAGAUGAUGACCCAAAUCAAUGCCCUGAUCCAGUCACCCGCGCUGAUGGUCUCUUCAGAGACUAUUUACUCUCCACAACACUUGCCAGUGGUGGCGCAGAUGGUGUCGGAGACAGUGCAGCACACGGGCUCUCUGGCGCUAGUGGCUGCCAAGGACAUCUACUUUGGCGUGGGCGGAUCGCUCACGGAGUUUCUGGCGUGCCUCGAUACAAAGCCAGUGGAAUAUUCUGUGGAGAAAAUAAAUGCAGGCCUGCAGCGCAGCUUGGUUAAGGACACCAUGUCCCCUCAACACUCCCUCCCCAACGGCAACGGUCUACGACGGCCGAGAAAUGUUAAGAACCUGCAGCUGGACCUGUCAAAGAACCAGACAAAAUACCCGGUCCCCCUCACAUACUCCUCCAACGGCAGUAAACAGGUUCUUUCCCAUUCUCCAACAACCACGCCAAGAAUCCCCCGACUCUACAGAACACCGUCUCUCAACACUGUUCUCAUGUCUUCCACAAAUUCCCCUACACAGACAGCCAGCAUCCAACCCCCCGUGCGGUCGUUGACUCUCUCUAUAGACUCGUCAAACGGCCACCAAAGCCAAAACACAGCACAGCCAGCCACCACGGUCCAGCAGUCCCUAGACUCCACCGAUUCGCUCGCAUUUUCCUCGUCCUCCACUGUCGAAUCAUCAGGCUCUCUCUCCGCCGUAACAGAAGUGCCCUCCUACCACCCAUCUGGCUGCGUGAAAGCGUAUCCUGAAGGCCCUGUUUGCGUUCUGGAGCCAAACCUUUUUCUGUACUCCGAGCCGUCAAUCACCCAACUUAUUGACUUCGACGUCAUCAUAAACGUCGCCCAGGAGAUCAAAGACUAUACAGACCAGAUCUCCAACAAAACCUCGAUCUCAGGCCAGAAUAUCCAAUAUUUUUACAUUCCCUGGACUCACACGUCCAAGCUGAUGCCUGACUUUCCGAAACUCACAGAAAUCAUUGACAAGGCGCUGUCAGAAAACAAACGUGUUUUGAUCCACUGCCAAUGCGGUGUCUCGCGCUCGGCUUCUUUAAUUUUGGCUUACCUGAUGAAGCACAAAAAAAUCGGCUACAACGAUGCUUACAACAUGCUAAAAGAGAAAGCUCCGUUGAUUUCGCCGAACUUCAGUCUGAUAUACGAGGUCAUGGAGUGGGGGCGCUAUCUGGGUUAUAGUUCUGCUGCUUCGUCCACUAAUGAUAUGUAAACCUGUACGCUAAUACAGUCGCGUCGAUCGACGAUGU